AUGAAUAGAGCAAUAUUGAGAAAAUUUAUCAAUAUUUCCGCAAUUCACUCUUUUAAGCAGGAAGGGAAAAGACAUAUCACACCUUGCAUUAGUUCUUUAUUUUUGCAAAAACGAUGUCUUGCUACACCAAGUGAGACUACGAUGACUGUAAGAGAUGCCUUAAAUAUCGCGCUUGAAGAGGAAUUUAUUCGUGAUGAUCGUGUCUUCUUACUUGGCGAGGAAGUUGCCCAAUAUAAUGGUGCAUAUAAGGUAUCAAAAGGCUUACUAGAUAAGUUUGGCCCGAAAAGAGUGAUUGAUACACCAAUCACGGAAGCUGGUUUUGCUGGUUUAGCUGUCGGUGCGGCAUUAUCUGGAUUGAGACCAAUUUGCGAAUUUAUGACAUUUAAUUUUUCCAUGCAAGCAAUUGAUCAUGUAAUUAAUUCUGCAGCAAAAAUAUUAUACAUGUCCGGUGGAGUUGUACAAUGUCCUAUAGUUUUUCGUGGACCAAAUGGUUCGGCUGCGGGUGUUGCCGCUCAACAUUCACAAGAUUAUUCAGCAUGGUAUGGCGCUAUUCCUGGAUUAAAGGUGGUUUCCCCAUGGGAUAGUGAGGAUGCGAAGGGUUUAUUGAAGGCUGCAGUGAGAGAUCCCAAUCCUGUAGUUGUGUUGGAGAACGAACUUCAAUAUGGAGUUUCUUAUCCAGUAUCUCAAGAAGUGAUGUCACCGGAUUUUGUACUGCCGAUCGGAAAAGCAAAAAUAGUGCGUGAAGGCAAAGAUGUAACGAUCGUAGCACAUUCAAGGCCGGUAAACUUUUGUUUAGAGGCAGCUGAUAAAUUGUAUAGCGAAGAAGGGAUUUCUGCCGAGGUCAUAAAUUUGCGCUCAAUUAGACCACUUGAUAUCAAUACAAUUGUUAAUUCAUUGAAGAAAACUAACCAUUUGGUGACUGUCGAAUCAGGAUAUCCCCAAUUUGGUGUUGGUAGUGAAAUAUGUGCUAUUGUGAUGGAAACGGAAGCAUUUGAUUAUCUGGAUGCUCCAGUAGAAAGGGUGACUUGUGCUGAUGUUCCAACUCCAUAUGCCGCAAAUUUAGAAGAUUUGACUUAUCCAGAUGCAAAUGUAAUCGUUAAAGUUGAUCCAUUUGUUCUUUGUUAUAAUAAAAUGGUUGCUCAACUUCGCUUUGAAAACUCCUUUUGGACUCCAAAUAAUUAUACUAAUGGAAUCACAGUUUUAUACGACAAGCUUGAACAAGGAAGAAUCGAAAAUGAGGAAAUCGUUGCAUUUAUAAGGGUUAGCAUUAUGGCACCCGAAAGGAUAUCAAUUGAGGAAUUAUAUGGUAAAAAAUUAUGUGAUCUCUCCAAGCCUUGUAGAAAAGACGGAUUCUUGCGCGAUGACGGGGCUUCUCUACGAAAAUCAUUUGAAACAGUCAAGAAUGAGUGUGGUAAUCUAGGGCAAGCACAUUUACGUCUAGCUGGCAAUUUAGCUGAAAUUGUAUUACAACCAUUACUUAAAUCUAAAGAGGGGCAUUCUAAACGUCUUAAAUCAAGUAGAGAAGAAUUAACUGGAUAUUUGAAAAUUUAUGAACGGUUAGUUGCUGACGUAGAAAAAUUACGUAGUAAUUAUGUGAAUAAAUGUAAAAUAGCUGAUGAAGCAGAGGAAAGAGCUGCCAACGAAGCAUUAGCUCAAAAAUCUUUAGAGAAAGGAAAAGUGAAAAAUAGUUUCCAAUUAUUAGUUGUUGUUCUCGGUCAACAAUCCUUUACAGAGGAUGAACUUAUGAAAUUUCUUUCACGAAUGCGCGAUGAAAUUUCUUCUCGAGAAGUAAAAUUUCCAAUAUUAGGAGUAUAUAAUGAUGUAUACAGUGGCGAGGAUAUUGUCAAAUGGUUACAAGAAAAUCACCCUAAUGCACGUACUUUGAAGGAAGCUGAAAUUAUUGGUCAAGAAUUGGCUGAUCAAGGAUUUUUACGUCUUAUCGGUGCAUACGGAAAUAAAUUUACUGGUAGUCCUUCCUCUUACUUUCAAUGGAAGAUAAAAGCUUUUGAUCUCAGAGCUACUGAAGAACCUAUUACUUUGUCAAAAAGUUGGGGUGAUUUGGUUUCGACUAUCGCUAUUACACCUAGUCAGCCAAUUGAAAAGCGUGCUCGUAAGGAGGCUAAUGAAGCUGAUGAGGCUUAUAGACAUGCAGUUAGAAGACUUGAUAAAACGCGUCAAUAUCUUGAAGAAUGUAUGGUCGAUCAUUUGAAUUUCAUGGAAAAAAGUGAAUUGGAUCGCAUUAAGGCUUCGAAAACAGCUUUCCUGAACUACGCCGCGACAUUUGGUAGCAUUAUUUCUACCUUUAAGGAUAUGUCAGAGAGAUUGCUUAUUUAUCAUGAGGCUUUAAAACCAGAAAACGAUAUUCAAUUCAUGAUUGAAAGAUAUCGUACUGGUCCAUUCAUUCCACAGGUCAUUUUAUAUAAGAAUCAGUACAACGGAAGUGCAAAUGAUCAGACGUUUGGUGUCCCACUAGAAGAGAAGGCUAAGCAUGAUUUAAAGUAUAUUCCACAGAUUGUAACAAAGUGUCUUAGUUGCAUAACCAAAGGAUUUUCUAAAUGGAAUGAUGCUGGUGGAAAAGUUGCGUUAAAACUAUUGAGAGAACAUGAUUUAUCUGUUGUUGCAGGAGUCCUGAAAUUGUAUUUCUUGGAAUUACCUGAAUGUUUGCUCACCUUUGAACUUUAUGAACCAGUGAAGAUGUUAUAUUCAAUUAGUUCUGAUGAUCAAGACGAUAAAACGCGUCUUUCCUCCGCGGCCAAUUUGCUAAUUACAUCUCUUAACGAUGUAAAUUAUCGAACUUUGAAUGCAUUCAUAUCUCAUUUGCAUCAGUUAGCCUUGUCUGUGGAACCUGACGAUAGGUUUAUCACAACUAUUUCUCAACUAUAUGGGUUUAUUUUAUUAAGGCCAUCAAAUAAAUCUACAAUUUAUCUUGAUGACAAGCAUCCAACCAAGUUAUUAAAGGACCUAAUUAUUUACUAUGACGAGAUAUUUAAGAAUUUAAAUCUUACAUCAAGCUCAAUAGGCGAAGUGAUGAGACGUUCUAUAAGCCGUGAUUCUUUGCAGUCUAAUAAAUCUACCAAGUCAAACCGCUCAUCUAUUUCUAAUAAUCGUUCCAGUCGUAGCAACAUUACAAUAAAUACUUCACCAUCUAUGAAUAAAUAUAUUAAGGACUCUCAAGUGAAAGAAAAUGAAUAUCCAAAUGGUAUUAUUCAAAAUGGUUCGGAACCAACCACUGGGGUAUCAACUAACCUUCCUAUCGAGAAUACAUACUUAAUGUCUCCAAUUGAUGCUAUAAAGGAACCAGAUUUCAUAGAAAAUAGUCCUAUAGCAGGUUCAGGUUACAGCAAAGAGGACUCGUUGUCAACUAAUCAUGGAACAACUGGAUUAGGUCGCCGUCGAGGAUUUCGACGACAAUCACGUGGAGCUAGUUCACCUUCAGGUUCAAUAAGCCGCUCAAGAAGAAAGACUCGUGAAUCAGAAAAUUGUAAUGAUCCAGAUGGCGGUUAUGAAGACAGAAUAUCGGAUUCAGGAUCAACAGAAUCAUCCCCCGUCUCACCGAUUUCUAGAACUAAUUCUAGAAAGUCAUAUUCUUCUCGUCCAAAUUCAGGACAUUUUGUAUUUCCAAACAAAUCAUUUAUUUCAGUUGAUGAUACUACGUUAGUAGCUGUACCCAUUACCCCUCACGAUCAUCAGCCAAAGAAUCCCUAUCCAGAUAAUUUGAAUCGACCAAUCAAAAAGUGGAUACAAAAGGCUUUGAAAUAA